AUGUCCGACAACGUGGGCCUCUCGACGCCGCGCGGCUCCGGCACCUCGGGCUACGUGCAGCGCAACCUGGCGCACAUGCGGCCGCGCGACCGCGACCACCGCGCGGCGCCGUACCCCAAGGACCUGGACUCGCUGCGCCACCGCCAGCGGCAGCCGGACCGCGGCAUCCUGGAGCACGAGCGCAAGCGCGAGGUCGAGGUCAAGGUGUUUGAGCUGCGCGACCGGCUGGAGGACGAGGGCGCGCUGGACGAGGACGAGAUCGACGCCCGCUGCGACGCCCUGCGCAAGGAGCUGCUCGACAAGAUGAACAAGGGCGGCAGCGUCGGCGGCCCCGGCGCCGACGCCAAGAAGGGCCUCAAGAUGCACCAGGUCCACGAGCUCGCCGACGCCAAGAUCCGCGAGAGCGAGCGCCUGCGCAAGGCCCUCAAGAUCAACAAGGACUACGAGGAGGGCAGCCACUGGCGCCGCCAGGAGGAGCGGCUGAAGAAGGCGCUCGAGAGGGAUGCCGCCGCCGCCAAGGACGAGGACGAGCGGGACUAG